CAAGUUCAGAAAGAACUGAACGAAGUAACGGGUAAACAAGAAACUUUACUCUGUCAGAUGCAAGUUGAAACCAAAAAACUUCAAGAAAGUUUGGAAGAUAUUGAUUUAAAUGAAACGUUUCAAAUGAUAAAAGUUUAUCAAGGAAAACUAACUCUAAUGAAAAAAGAGAUGGCUUCCAUUCAUGAGAGAACAUUCAAAUUAAAAAAACGAGCAUUAAGGUUACAACAAAUGAAACAGAAGGAGGCUUUGAAUAAGGAACAGCAGCGGGA